AUGGUGGAGUUUGCCCCUCUGUCGGUGCCUUGGGAGCGCAGGCUGCAGACUUUCGCAGUCCUACAGUGGGUCUUCUCCUUCUUGGCCCUAGGCCAGAUCUGCACCGGGGUCUUCAUAUUCCUCCUGUUUACCAGGUUCUGGCUCUUGGCUGUCCUGUAUGCCACCUGGUGGUUCCUGGAUCGAGACAAGCCAUGGCAGGGUGGCAGGCGCGUAGAGGCCUUCAGGCACUGGGCUGCAUGGAGGUACAUGAAGGACUAUUUCCCAGCCUCGCUGGUCAAGACUGCUGACCUGGACCCCUCCCGGAACUACAUUGCGGGCUUCCACCCCCAUGGGGUCCUGGCAGCUGGAGCCUUCCUCAGUCUGUGUACUGAGAGCACAGGCUUCUCUUCACUCUUCCCCGGCAUCCACCCCCAUCUGAUGAUGCUGAACUUGUGGUUCCGAGUACCCUUCUUCCGGGAUUACAUCAUGUGCUCAGGGCUGGUCGCAGCAGACAAGGAGAGCGCUGUCCACAUUCUAAGCAAGAAGGGUAAUGGGAACCUGCUGGCCAUCAUUGUCGGGGGAGCCCAGGAGGCACUGGAUGCCAGGCCUGGAGCCUACACACUGCUACUGCAGAACCGCAAGGGCUUUGUCAGGCUCGCCCUGAUCCAUGGGGCAGCUCUGGUGCCGAUCUUCUCCUUUGGGGAGAAUGACCUGUUUAACCAGGUUCAAAAUGUUUCUGGCUCCUGGUUACGCUGUGUCCAGAAUCAGCUGCAGAAGAUCAUGGGCAUCUCAUUGCCACUUUUCCAUGGCCGUGGUAUCUUCCAGUACAGCUUUGGUUUGAUGCCCUACCGCCAUCCCAUCACCACCAUAGUGGGGAAGCCCAUCGAGGUACAGAAGAACCUGCAGCCUUCAGAGGAGGAGGUGAACCAGUUACACCAGCGCUACAUCAAGGAGCUGUGCAACCUCUUUGAGGCCCAUAAACUCAAGUUUAACAUUCCUGCUGACCAACACUUGGAGUUCCACUGAGCUCUUCCAGCCAGAGGAAGGAUUAUGUCAAAGGGCAGGGCCAGCAUUCAGGAGCCCAGGAGGAGGGGCCCAAGCUCCUCCCAGUCCAACCACAACUGUCAGCCUGGAGGAGGAGACCAGACCGUCCAGCUCUGGUUGGCACUCUUGUAG